CCGAGCACUGCGGGGCUGCCGUGUUUCUUCACGUAGAGCCCUCGCUCGCGAUCACAAUAACUUUGUGCACUGGAAACUUUUCAAAGCAAUUUCGGGCGGAUUCGGUUGUUUAGCAUCAUCCACGCUUUGAAUUUCAAGCUACAUCGAAUUGUACAUAGUGAGAACUCUUGUGCGUAUACUGUCACGCGUUUAUUCUACUCACUCGGUCUAUUUUUGAAUAUUCUCUAAACGCUUCACCGCGAAGUUUUCGAAACGCAGCCCGUCGGAGUCGGGUUAACGGCCGCAGUGUAUGCACGUCUGCAUCACGUCUCUUGUGUUUUUGUUGACGGAUAAUAUUUAGUGCAGUUAACUUCAACGAUCAAUCCAAGGAACGUUAUCUUUACAUUUGUACGGGCCCAUGUAGUCUUUCACUGGGAUGGUGAUGACUACGGAUGACAUUCGUUUAGUGAUUUCCCUCUGUGAAUCGUGUUAGUGAGUGCUUGAUAGUGUAAUAGACUGCUUUGGUCAGUCUUUUUAGUGUUGUCAGUGAUGUGACAGUCUAUGGAAGUGUCAGGGUAUCGGAAUGUUCACGAAGCACGGCAAGGCCGCUGAGCGGUGCUACCCUCAUUUGCAUAGGGGUCGAAAGAAGAAAAAACCUGCCCCUCACACACCGUGGAAGUACUUGAUGAAUUGCCCACUCGUUAGGAAAUGUUUUGGUCUACAGUUGCGGAGCAUAGAGGAGCCUGCAGGUGGCGCGGGCGGCGGCAUGCCCGCGACCACCUGCUACGAUGCUGAAUGUGCACGAACAGAAGCCUGGCUUGAUGAGAAUCAGGAGUUUGUUCACGAUUAUUUCUUAAGGAAAGCGACGAGGCAAGUGGUAGACGCGUGGCUAGUGUCACAUGCAACACCUCCCAGCGCAGAACUCGCCUCGCCGUCUCGAGCUGGUUCGGGAUCUGGCGCCACCACACCUGUUAGGAAGAUCUCAGCUCACGAAUUCGAGCGUGGAGGACUUCUGAAACCGUUGGUGACAACGGUUGACGGCACACCGACUUUCCUCGGAGACCAGCCCCUACACGCAACCCCUUCCAGGCCACAGCGGCGGUCGAGGCACGAGCUCAGGCAGCUUGAUGAGAAGGAGCUCAUAUUUGAAUUAGUCAAAGAUAUCUGCAAUGAGCUUGAAGUACGGGUGUUGUGUCACAAGAUCUUACAAAAUGUAUCAAUACUCCUCGACGCUGAUCGGGGCUCAUUAUUCCUUGUACAAGGCGAGAGAGCCGCAUCGCCUCAUCCACAAAAUGGCAGAUGCCUCGUUUCAAAAUUAUUCGACGUAUGCUCGAAGUCGACCCCUGAACAAAUGGAACAGUUGGAGGAGAUCCGAAUACCUUGGGGCAGCGGCAUCGUCGGCUACGUGGCCGAGAGCGGCGAGCCCGUCAACAUACCCGACGCUUACAAAGAUGAAAGGUUUAAUCACGACAUCGACCAACAAACAGGAUACAAAACAAGAUCACUCCUUUGCAUGCCUAUCAAAGAUAUCAAUGGAGAGGUCAUCGGCGUUGCACAGGUGAUAAACAAACAAAACGACGGCCCAUUUACUGCGUACGAUGAGAAAGUAUUUGCGUCGUACCUUCAGUUCUGCGGCAUUGGUUUGCGCAAUGCUCAACUCUACGAAAGAUCUCAAUUGGAAGUUAAACGAAACCAAGUGCUACUGGAUCUGGCGAGGAUGGUCUUUGAAGAGCAAAGCACAAUUGAGCACAUGGUGUUAAGGAUACUGACUCAUACACAGAGUUUAAUACGAUGUCAACGGGUACAGGUAUUACUGGUCCAUGAAGCUUCAAAAGGAAGUUUCUCCCGAGUUUUCGACUUAGAAGCAGGUGAUGACGCGGAACCUGGCACCCCUCGGACCUCUCCGUAUGAGAGCCGAUUUCCCAUCAACAUCGGUAUCACCGGCUACGUAGCUACAACUGGCGAGACAGUAAACAUCGCAGAUGCCUACUUAGACGCACGAUUUGACCCCUCAGUGGAUGAUGGCACGGGUUUUAAACACAAUACAAUUUUGUGUAUGGCUAUCAAAAACUCCGAGGGAAGAAUUAUUGGAGUCAUCCAGCUAGUCAACAAAUUUGAUGAACUGCUUUUCACCAAAAACGACGAGAAUUUCGUCGAAGCAUUCGCUAUAUUUUGCGGUAUGGGGAUCCACAACACGCACAUGUAUGAGAAGGCCAUCACAGCUAUGGCAAAGCAGAGUGUUACACUUGAUGUAUUAAGUUACCACGCAUCCGCCUCGUUAGACGACGCUCAGCGAUUACGGACUCUAAGGAUACCCUCUUCUGUACACUUCAGUCUUCAUGAGCUUGAAUUUGAUGAUAUCGACCUAACCGACGACGAUACUCUAAAGGCAUGCCUUAGAAUGUUCUUGGACUUAGACUUCGUGGAACGAUUUCAUAUCGACUACAGUGUGCUCUGCCGGUGGUUGCUAAGCGUUAAGAAGAACUACAGGAACGUGACCUACCAUAAUUGGAGGCACGCGUUCAACGUUGCUCAGAUGAUGUUCGCCAUAUUGACUGAGACCCAGUGGUGGAAGAUAUUUGGGGAGCUAGAAUGUUUGGCUCUAAUCAUCGGCUGUUUGUGUCACGAUCUUGAUCACCGAGGGACCAAUAACUCUUUUCAAAUUAAAGCAUCGUCACCUUUGGCACAACUGUACUCAACAUCGACAAUGGAGCAUCAUCACUUUGAUCAGUGUUUGAUGAUUCUGAACUCGCCUGGAAACCAGGUUCUCGCGAAUCUAUCCUCCGAAGACUAUGAAAGAGUAGUGAAAGUACUCGAAGAUGCUAUACUAUCCACCGAUUUAGCUGUAUAUUUUAGUAAACGCAAACCUUUCAUCGACCUAGUGAGCGUCGAUAGAACAGUGAGUCCAGCGUGGGGUGAGUGUGAGGAGCGGCGGGGGUUACUCCGAGCCAUGCUGAUGACAGCGUGCGACCUCGCCGCUAUAACAAAACCUUGGCCCGUUGAAAGACGGGUUGCCGCUUUGGUAGCUGGAGAAUUCUUUAGACAGGGCGAUUUGGAGAGGCAGAAUUUAAAUCUGACGCCUAUAGACUUAAUGAAUAGAGAUAAGGAAGACGAACUCCCCGCUAUGCAAGUCAAAUUUAUUGAUACUAUUUGUCUGCCUAUUUAUGAGGCGUUCGCGGUACUUUCACCAGCGUUGCAGCCAUUACUCGAUCGAGUGAAAAGCAAUAAAGCUCAUUGGAUCGAGAUGGCUAAUAACGGCGAGAAAAUUGAUUAUUCGGUACAGGAAAGGGAGCAUAUGAAUGAAAAGAAUGACAAAUCGAGUCUCAGUUCUCAAAACGUGGACGAUACGGAAAACACGUACGAAGGCGAUAGCAGUGGCGCCGUCAGUCUCUCAUCAGAGACCAAUUCGAAAUAUGAAAAUCUCGAGAACCCUGUCGUCGGUCUACUUUGCAACAACGUUCUCGCAAUGCCGAGGGAUCCUAAUAAAUUUUGUCAUUUAAAUGAUUUAAAUUAAAUUAAUUGAAAUAUGAAUAUGACAUUGUGAUAUAGUGAAACACGUCUUAUUAAAUGUGGAUUGCGUCCAUACCCUGUUUCGAAGGCCAAUAGACAAGCCAAAUUUUUAAAUUAGAAUGUUUUAUUCAAAACCAACGAAUUUCGAAUAUAUUUUUAUAGUCUAAAUUAUUUCAUACUUUAUAUAUGUAUAAUGAAAUUUGGAAUUUUAUUUCACUAUUCAUCUUCUACAAUAGAUUUGACUUUAUAUAGUUAUUAUUACCGCCUCAUUCAUGUAAACAUAAUGUCUAAAAACAAUUAAGGAGUUAUUGAAUAAAUUUUCCAAUUAUAGUACUAAAUUAAAUGAGUAGGUAUUCGCUUUACUUGCUUCAAAUAUAGGCAAAAGUAUGUCUGCGCGCGCCGUGAUUAAUAACUCAUAUCAUUUUCUAUUGGUCUACUUGAAUCCAGGGACAAUUAUUCGAGAGUGAAGUGUGUUGCGAAUGGAUUGUGUGAUAUUUGUGUAGUAAAUAGACGAUUUUAGUCGAAUUUGAAAUUCAUCUAACGCAUGGCGUACCCAUUACGGAUAAGUUCUCAUGUCGCACUAUUUUUGUACACUUCAUUUUAGCUUUACAUUUUUUAAGUACCUUUAAGAAGUCUUCAAGUAUGUACCUAAGUGUGGCCUUGUACUUUUUGAAUUCUCUAUAACUGAUUAUUUUAUUAUAGUCUGAUGUGGAUCUAUUAUAAAAUUUAACUAAUUAAGUAAAAUUUAUAAGGAUUUCAAAAAGUAUAUAGCCAUAAUAAAUGUGUUGAUUUACCUCAUUCGCCUAUUCUUAUGUAUUACAUGAAGUUAUUCGUGUGUCGCUAGAUUUCGUAUCAUUUAAGAUACCUAUAUACAAUUUUCAAUAAACAUUGAAGAUUUGUUUUUGAGGAAUAUUCUAACAGUAGAAAAUGCAGGGCCUAACUGUCGUGACGUAGUUAUCAAGCAACUGACCAAAAUACCAAAAAAAAAUAAUUAGGUAUUACUGAAUUGUUGAUUUUUAGUUAUGAUUUAUUAUUAAAAUUAAAACAUUCAAGCUAUGAGUAUUAUAAAGUAUGAAGAUAAUAAUUUGAUCCUAUUAAGUUCGAUUAAUGUAAUACAUAAAAGGUAAGAUUUGUAUAAACCCGAUUAAUUCAAAUAUUUAAGGGUUUGGUUACCUGUUAUUGUUUGAGACAAAGAUUUUUUGUUAAUAAGAAGUACACACACGAUUUCCGUAAUAAGUUAU